AUGGCUCGGAAAAGAAGUCGACUAACCCUAAACGACUUGCCAGAUAGCAUUCUGCACUUGAUUCUCAGUAAAAUACCUUUCAAAGAAGCAGUGCGUUGUUCUAUUGUUUCAAAAAGAUGGAAACCUUUUUGGACAUUUGUAGAGAACCUAAAAUUUUCAGGGGAAUUCUGUUUUUCAUUUCAUAGCCCUACUGAAAUCCAGAAUAUAACAGAUCGUAUUUUUCAGCUUCAUUCUGGAUCGCUUGAACUUUUUGAGUUGAACAAUGUCCAAUUCUGCUGUUCAAGUGACAAGAUGUCUGAUUGGAUUCACGGCGCUGCUCUUAAGGGUGUGCGCGAGAUUCAGAUCGAAGAGAAGAAUCCAGAAAUUUCUGCAGUUCAGGUUCCUGCAGCCAUUUUUUCUUGCCAAAGCCUCAGAUCUUUGACUCUGAAGAAUUUUCUUCUGACAAACCUACCGGACAGUUUUGGUGGCUUCGCCAGCCUGACAAUAUUAGAUCUCUAUAAAGUUGAGCUGAAUGACAAGAUCAUUGAGCUCAUGUUGCAAGUAUGUCCAGGUUUGGAACUUUUAAUCCUUAACAACUGUAAUGGACUUGAGAGAUUGAAGAUAUGUUCCAAGAGUCUAAAUGCUCUCUCUAUCUCCUCUAAAAUCAAAGCAAUAACAGCAAAUUGUCCGCUAUUAACGAGCCUUAUAAUAUUGCUUGAUAACACUGAGACGGAAUUGGAUUUGCCUGCAUGUUUAAGCCUAUCUACAAAUGGAAGACUUGAAUCAUUUACAGCUCUGAGAACACUGAGAAGAAUUACCAUUUUGAACGGGAUAUUUUGGCGCGAUUUAAAGAUUCUCAAAGAAUUUCCAGACUUGAAACAAAUGUGUAUACAAAAGGUUCAAUACUCAGAUACAGACUUGCCACGGCUUGAUGAUGAUGCAAUUUUACCGCUGGAGAAUCUAAAGAGGGUUCAUCUGGACAUAACCCACUUUCAUGACCCUGUGCCUCUACUUAGCUGUCUUUUUCAAAUUGCUCCUGCUCUCAAAACUUUAUUAAUUUCCCGAAAGAAAGGAUUUGAUGGCGUUAAGGGUUUGCGAUUUAUCAAUCUGGCUUGGAAUCUUCAGCGACCACCUACAGAAACCAAAUGCAGAAAUGUUUUUUGUGUUGCACUUAAAGAAAACAAUUCUUUUGAGGAUGAUUGGGUUAUUGAUUCUGGUGCUACACAACACAUGUCUCAUAAUAAGGAACAAUUUGAAUUAAUAAGUGAAAGUAGUGCAGAAAAAAUAUAUUUGGGAAAUAACAAUGCUUUGGAAGUUAAAGGGUCCAGAAAUGUCAAAGUUGAUAAUGGUGUGUUUAAAAAUGUGAAGUUAGUUCCUGAAUUCAAAACAAAUCGACUUUCUGUAUCAUAA